UUGCUGUGCUCUGUUUUGGACCCUUUGAAAUUUUAUACAAAAUAAAUAAAUGUGAACGAGUCAUAAAUCAUUGUUGUCGUCUGGCGCCAUCGUGAGGUGCAUAUAUGUAAUUGCAAGUUUUUUUUAAAGUUGAUUUGCAGGGGAAAUGUCAGUGAAUGAAACUCAUCAUGUUCAGAAAAAUACUAAUAUCAAUCUGUUGCAGAUUAAACGAUUUCUAUUUAAUAGAUUAUUACCCUGCGUCUGUGUGCUGGCUGUCAGUCGCAUGGUGGCGCUGUUGUUAUCGGGCCCGUCUUUUCAGAACAGCGCUUCUUCCGGGUUGUCGUUGACGGGUCAGAGGUCGCAGCACAUGCGUUUGUUGUGUUUCUUCUCUGGGCUCCUGCUUGUAGCUGUAACCGGGCUGAGCCAGUGAUGUGAUGGCUUCCCUGGGCUUGUUCCUGAGGAGGCAGCUGCCGCCGGCCCUGGCUCACUACGCCCGGGUGGUGAAGCUCCGGCACCGGCCUCCCUGCGCCCCGGUGCUGCUGCUGCGGAGGCUGCACGGCCCAGGCCGGCUGCGGACCUCGGAGAAGGGACCGUGGGGGAAGAGCCGGGGGCCGGAGCUGCAGCAGCAGCAGUACCCGCUCACAGACCUCGACAAGGCGGACGCUUUGAUGCUGAGAAAGUCCCAUGAAACAGGAUUCCUGUCGUGGUUCAGGAACGGUCUGCUGGCCACUGGGAUCGGAGUCAUCGCGUUCGUCCAGAGCGAAGUGGGACGAGAAGCCGGCUACGCCUUCUUCAUCCUGGGAGGUGUGUGCGUGUCGUUUGGCGGCGCCUCUUACCUCGGCAGCCUCUUCGCCCUGCGGAGGAUGAUGCAGCUGUCGGUGCCAGCGCUGCUGCUCCAGGGGGCGGCGGUGGGCAGCGUCGCCCUCUUUUGGCUCUGCGCGGUAUCUCUCUACAUCGGCCGCCUGGAGGUGGAGAUCAUCCACGACGGGGAGGAGGAGGAGGGGGAGGGAGAGGAGGACGACGAGUGCCGCGAGUGCCGCGAGAGGCGGGAACACCGGGGCUACAGAGGCUCCCACAGCAGCGAGGACAGUGACAGCAGGGGGCCGGCGAAGUAGACAACUUCCAGGGAUGGAGAGAGAGAGAGUGUGUGUGUGUGUGUGUGUGCGCACGUGUGCAGGCUGGGUGUGAGUUUUUAGAUACUGUACAAACCUGCUGCUCCUUGUUAUACAGAUGUAUUCUGAUCAUUUCUUAUCACACAUAUUCAAAGCAUAUCUGUCUGACAAUUGUAAUUCAUCCCAAAUUAAUUGACAUCUUCACCUCGACGGGCACGUUGCAGAGACUCUUUGUGAACAUGGGGUUUGUUCAGGUUUACUUUUCAGGUGCUUUAUGCCACAUUUCUCUUCUCAGACAACUGUUGCUCAGGUCGUGUCUGUCUUACUUUGUUCUGUAACUGAUUUACUGCACUUUGCAUAAAAGACGUGAAAUGAAUGACGCUGUAUUUGAAAAAGCUGUGUGUGGGUGCAAGAAAAACAUUUUAGGUAUUUUUUCCUGUUAUAAAUCAAGGAAGGCUUGGAGUUUAUUUUUAGAGGUUUAAAUGACCCUGUGAAGUUUUUAUUUGUAAGGACAACAGCACUUGUCGUUUUUAAUCAUCAUAUCACAAACUUUAGACUUUUGGGGUAUUUUUUUUUACAUCUUUGCCUGUGGUUAUAUAUUUUGUUUGGUAUUUGUACUUUACAUCUUCAGUACCUAAAUGUAAAGAACAUUUUACCCUUGGGAGUGAAUAUCACUUCACCUGGUGGUUGCAGUUGAAAGCAUGGAUAAGUUAAGUAAUUGAUUGGUGUGUGGAAAUAGGGUUUGCCAUUGUUUACUUUUGUGUGUGUGCGUGUGCACCACUUUCAAUGCACGCUACUGUAUAUACUGUAAUAAAGCCAGAUUGGAUCUGUGCUGACACAGAUAAAGAAACUAUUGUGUGUAUUUGUGAUGUUUUUGGAAUCAUAAUUAAAGAAAAGAUCAAUCUGAA